AUCGUGCUAAUGUGAGCAUUUAGCAGAUGCAAGGAGUCCAGCACAGCCUCACCAGUGUCCAACGUGGUAGCUGUACAGCUCUGAUAGCCUCUGCUUCAAGGUUUAUUGCUGAUUAAAAUCUGUUGACUAGCAGGGAAUUACGUGCUGAGUGUAGUGUGUGGAAGAGCUAUAAAUUAAACAUGAAAGAUAAUGAAUUUUCUGCAUGAGAACUCCAGCUUUUUGAUUGUGGUGACCAGCUGAAAUAAAAUAAUCCUUGCAUGCAGGUAAAUUUCCUUCUUUUUGUCAGAGGUUUUGCCUUUUAUCAACUAUAUCAGUGUUUUUUUUAAGAUAGAGUCCUGAUGACCUGUUGAUUGGGGAAGCAGCCACCUCAGUACUCAUUAACUUUCUGUUGCUGUAUUAUGUGAUACAAAUUUAUGGCUCUAACAUAUCUAUAGGGCUGGUGUGCUGCAAUACCACAUCUGACUGAGGUCAAGGUCCAUCUGUGGUGUUAAAGUUUAGAUAUGGUCCUCCAUGUGUGGGCAAUAAGGGGGUGAAUUGUUGGACAAGGCACCGUCUCCAGCACUGCGAGGAAAAUGGAUGUGGAGAAGGGUCACGGACGUUCCCGGGGUAUGAGCACCCUGGAAACGUGUCUGAUAUUUAUCUUCGUAGCGAUGACCGGCGCCUGCAUCGGCCUGGUGGUCAUCUACUUCGUUGACAAAGCUAACUCUGAAACAGAAGGGCUGACCUUAGGGUGUGGGGCUCCUCAGGAGCUGUCUGGAGAGUCGGGCACCUUCACCAGCGCAAACUACCCCAGCAGCUACGACAGUGGCCAAAGCUGCGCUUGGCACAUCACCGUGGACCCCGAGAAGGUGAUCCAUUUGUGGUUUGAGGAGUUUACCUUGGAGGACACCCAGCUCUGCACAGCAGACUUUAUCACACUGCAAGACUCAGUGGGAGUCAUCGGUAAAUACUGUGGCUACAAUAAACCCAACCCAGUGGUGUCGCUGACAAACCAGCUGACGGUCUACUUUGACACCAAUGACAGAAAAACAGACCGAGGAUUCAAGGCUCAUUACAAAGCUGUGGCUCCACAGCUCACAUCAGAAAUAGCCGGAGCCGGCGGCUUUCUCCAAGGUGAUCAGGGGAAUCUGAUGACGCCCGGCUUCCCGGAGCAAAACUACCCGAACGGAGCGCUAUACCAGUGGAGAAUCACAGUGCCUGAAGGUGAAACGGUCCGACUGACAUUCACCUCUUUUGACCUGGUCCCUGAAGCCUGUGGAGACUUUGUUCAGGUCUAUGAUUACAACCAGGCCAGCCCUCAGUUAGCAGGUAAAUUAUGUGGCGGAACCAUGCCGACGCCGCUGGAAAUCAGCAGCAACACGAUGGUGGUCCGCUUCAAAUCUGACAACAGUCUGACUUCAAAAGGAUUCAGUGCAACGUACACAAAGUCCAGCCUUCCUCCUGUUGUUGUCACCACCACCACCACCACCACGACCGCACCCACCACACAAACCCUUCCACCUGCCACAACUUCAGGACCUGGUGGCCCGGUAAUCCUUGAUGGACGUAAAGGAGAUCUUCAGUCCUCGGGUUUCCCAAAUCCAUAUCCUGCCCAUUUAAAUAAUUCCUGGGAGAUAUCUGUGUCCAAGGGAUUCCUGGUUAAGCUGGAGAUCACUGACUUGGCCAUCACAGGAGAGACUGGAAUGUGCAAGGAGGACAAACUGAUCAUCUCAGACAAAUACAGCACUCUAGGUACACACUGUGGCUACAUCCUUCCCCCAGUGGUGGUCAGCGCCAGUGACACGAUAUCUGUGACCUUCCAGUCUGACAGUCGCCUCACAGACCGCGGAUUCUCUGCCAAGUGGGAGGCUGUGUACCCUGAGGAUAUCACAGAAAUCCUGGGUUGUGGCUUUUCUUCAAAGGAGGAAACCGGAGUUAUCAAGUCCCAGGACUGGCCCAUGAAUUACAAGCCCAACACCGAGUGCAUGUGGAACAUCGAUGUACCUUCGGGGAAAAAAAUCACGCUGACUUUCACCCAUUUUGACCUCGAAGCAAAAGAUGCCCUAACGUCCACAUGCUAUGAUAAUAUAAUGGUCUAUGACAUCAAUGGUCUGACUUCUGCACUGAUUCAAAGUUAUGGUCAGUUUUGUGGGACUACGCUGCCUGAUCCCAUCCAGACAAACGGCAACAGGCUGCUGAUUCGUUUCCAUACAGACUUGCUUACUGAAGCUAAAGGUUUCAGGGCCUAUUGGACAACAAACCCCAGCCUGCCUGCUCCAACUGAGCCACCUGUUCAGCCCAAUCCCUGGGACAACAUCAUCAUAGACUGGCCAAGCACAUGUGGGAAACCAGCCAUUCCUCCUGCUGUUGUGUCACGUAUUGUGAAUGGAGAGCCAGCCACACCGCACUCCUGGCCCUGGCAAGUGUCCAUGCAGGUCUGGCCAGCCAGUCAGCCAGAACCCACAUUCUCCCAUACCUGCGGUGGUACUCUUAUUCAUAAGAACUGGGUACUUACAGCAGCCCACUGCUUUAUAAGAUACGCUGAUGAGCUGGAGCGUUGGCGCAUGUGCCUCGGCAAACACAACUUGACCUACACGGAGCCGAGUGAGCGAUGCUUCGGCAUAUCUGGUAUCUAUCGCCACGAGGGCUUCAAGUACCCCACAGUGCCCUCGGUGGAGUUUGACAUUGCCUUGGUCAGACUGGAUGGAGAGGUGACACCCACUGAUGAGAUAUCAUUUGCUUGCCUUCCCUCUGAAGAGGAAGCCCUACCUGAGGGAAAGAAGUGCUACGCCACCGGCUGGGGGGAUGAAACUGGUGAUUCAAUUAACCCUAAAGCUGCAGAAGCGCUCAAUCAGGUCGCCUUGCCUGUGGUGCCUUAUGACACCUGUAACAGGAUGGAUUACUGGUGGUUCCAGGUCAAGACCUCCAUGAUCUGCUGCGGUUAUACCCUGCCUGAUGAGCUCAAGUCUGUUUGUCAGGGGGAUUCAGGUGGACCCCUGGUUUGCCAGGAUAAAGCUGGCGAUCCAUGGGAAGUUCAUGGCAUAACUAGCUUUGGCCCUAUUGGAUGCAUUAUGGAUAAGAAGCCUUCUGUGUUCACCCGCUCUUCUGCCUACAUCCCGUGGAUAACAAAUGUCAUCCGCCGAGACCUCUACAAUGAGCACACAUCUGGCUGUGGGGGACCAAAGGAGUUGACUGGUACUGGUGGCACUCUGUCCUCUAUGGGUUACCCUGGCACCUACAGCAACACAGCCCAGUGCCAAUGGAACAUUCAAGUGCCUGAAGGCAAAUCGGUCCACCUCCAUUUCCACAAUUUCUCUCUGGAGGAGAGUGAUUUGUGCCUAAAUGACAAAGUCAGACUCUCAGACAAAACAGGAAGUCUGGGUACCUACUGCAGUCACGUGCCUCCUGCAGACAUGGUGAGUGAUGGGAAUACGCUUCACAUCAGCUUCUCCUCCAACGACAAAGUGGUUGACUCAGGCUUCACUGCCACCUGGAGGGCAGUGGACCCUACAGAGGUUCCAUGUGGAGGGACUUUCAGCAGUGAUCAGGGUGAAAUUACUUCUCCUAACUGGCCUAAUGACUACCAAACCCAGACUGUCUGCACGUGGCGCAUCAACAUUCCUUCAUCAAGAAUUAUUCAUGUAGCCUUCACUCACUUUGAGCUGCAAGCUGUAAACCUGUUAGGAAAUUGUGUGGACUAUGUGGAGGUCAUCAAUGGUGAAACGAUGGCAUCACUCGGUCGAUUCUGCGGCUUUGCCCCUCCACCCCUCAUCAGCAUCCCUAGCAACACAGUCGUCAUCCGCUUCCUUAGUAACGGAGCCAGCCAAGAGAAGGGUUUCCGUGGUUACUGGACUACUGACACCAGUAUCUUCCCAACUCUACCACCUCUCCCUAGUAAUCGAUGGGACAACAUCACCAUCAUCUGGCCAGAAAAUUGUGGAAACCCAGAGGUGAAACCCAGCAGAGCCACUGUGAGAGUUGUAAAUGGUGUAGAGGCGAUCCCCCACUCCUGGCCCUGGCAAGUCUCUAUGCAGGCUUCACCGUUCUCUCCUAUACCUUACAUGCAUGGCUGUGGAGGCUCUUUGAUUCAUGAAGAAUGGAUCCUGACUGCUGCUCACUGUUUCAUGUUCCCACUGAAUGUACCCUCCUUCUGGCGCAUGUGCCUGGGGAAGCACCACAUGAACUCCUCCAUGGACAUUCCCUCAGCUGAGGAAUGCUACAAGGUGGAUACCGUCAUUCGCCACGAGGGAUUUGUCUACGAGCAGGAUCCCAAUGACAUCACCAACGACAUAGCCCUGGUACACUUGGCCAAACCUGUCAAUAUGACAAGAGAGAUCAGCCCCAUCUGCUUGCCGAAACCCGGGGUCGUGAUGCCUGCUGGGACACCGUGCUUUGUCACCGGCUGGGGAGAUGAGAAGGGUAACCUGUUCCCCAAAGUGGCUGAGAAGCUUAAUCAGGCAGCGCUGCCUGUCAUCGACUUCGAAACCUGCAGUAAGCCUGCUUACUGGUGGGACACCCUCAGGCCCUCCAUGAUCUGUGCCGGCUACGAGUCCCCAGAUGAGCUCAAGUCAGCCUGUCAGGGUGACUCCGGCGGUCCUCUCGCCUGCACAGCUGCCCCUGCUGCUGGAGGAACAAGCACAACCUGGGAGGUACAUGGCAUCGUCAGCUUUGGACCUCAGGGCUGCAUCAGAGACAAGAAACCAUCAGUGUUUACCCGCGUUUCCGCCUUCAGUGAUUGGAUCGACAGCAACAUCAAGAAGUAUAUUUAUGAAAGCGGAAAAGCUUUUUAAAGCUGACAUCUUUAGGUAGAGAUUAUUCCAUGUUUAGAUUGAAUUUUUUUCUCUUUAAAACCCCCUGAAUGUAACAAAUGCUGACCUGCAGCACAAAGCUACAAUGCAUCUUGCCUUGCGUCCCGUAAAAUAAUUUAGCAAAUACCAUAUUGCUUGUACGUUUCUACAUAUUAAACACUGCUGAACAUUUUAAGCAAAUUAUAUUUAAGUAAAUAUUUGUAAAAUAAUGUAUACAUAUAUCGUGUAUAAAUAAAAAAUGCAUAUCUAUAAA